AUGCUUCCACUGGGGAAUCCCUGCCGCCUCCUCCUUUUGGAUGAGAUUCUCGAGGAAAGACCCAGAACAGAGCGAGUGGGGAGGAGGAGGCGGAGGAGGAGGAGGAGAGGGAUAUGGUGUAGCCGCGGUACUGGGGGAAGCGGCAAGGGGGAGGCGCGGGGUGUAGCUCGGGACCGCGGCGAGGCCGGCACCGAGCCGGGCGCUGGGGCGGGGGCGCCGCUGCUGGAGCCGCUGUUCCCGCCGCAGCCCGGCGCCAGUCCCGGCUUCGCGGAGCGGGUGCGGCAGCACAAGGUGAGGCUGGAGUGGGUGCGGGCAGAGCCGGCGGGUUUGCGCGGGGCCGUGCGCGUCCUCAACCUCGCCUACGAGAAGGUCGUGUCGGUGCGCUACACGCUCAACGGCUGGGGGGGUGCCGCCACGUACCAGCCGCCGGGGCCGCCCGACGGCAUCACCGACCGCUUCGCCUUCCUGCUGCCCCUGGGCGCCGCCGCCACCGCCGCCGAGACCACGCUGGAGUUCGCCGUCCGCUACCGCGUCGCCGGCGCCGAGUACUGGGACAACAAUGAGGGCAAGAACUACCGGCUGCGGGGCCGGCAGCGCGUCCCGCCCGUCACAGGGCCCCCGCAGGACCCCGACAGCUCCGCCUGGAUCCACUUCAUCUGACCCGGGGGGGCGCGGAGCCAGCCCAGGCCCGGGGGACCCUCCCGGGGGGCUCGGCGCACUCCCCGAGA